AUGUCGUAUGAGGAUUCACUGUCAUCGCAAUACUUGGCCUCGUCCAUCUCGUCGCUCUCGUCGGCCCGCGCUCAGUCGUCGCAAAUCGCUAGAACCUACCGCCAGGCCGCCCAAUUGUUUCUCACCCGCCGGCUUUAUGAAGCCUUGUCUACCAUUGAUCCCAUCAUCUCGCCCGAAGCUCCGGAAUCGCCUUUCCAGCAAGACGAGCUGACUGACCGCCAUGCCGCGCCUGUCGCAUUCGCAUCCAAGACUAGCCGCGUUAAGGUGUGGAGCUUCUACCUGACUCUGCUCAAUGCCAUUAUAGAACUGGGCCCCGAGGAAGGCAAACUGGUCUUUGGAAGUACUAAAUGGCGGGAACUGGCCUCGUACGCGCGUCAGGGUACCAUCUGGGACCUCGUUGUCAAGCAGGGUUAUCAAGGUAACGAGGGCGCCGUGGACGCCGAGGUCGUCGUCAAUCUUGCGACUUUGCUUCUGGCACACAUGCCGUCACAGAAGCUGAACCAGCAGCGUCUCGAGACCUACCUGUCCGCCUUGUCCAAUCCCAGCUUUGACAUUACUGCCCACCUCGAAGCCUCCCAGCAAUCCAUGCGCAACUCGUCCCACCACAAUGGAACAAGUACCCCUCGCGAUUUGAACACCCGUCUCAAGCUUCUCGAGCUUUAUACUCUUCAUGUUCUGCCUCAGAAUGACGAAUGGGACUACGCCCGCGACUUUAUCAGUAUGAGCGAGGUUCUAGAUGACGAGAGAAGGGAUGCUUUCCUACAAGCACUUCACACAUUGAAAGAGGAGAAAGAGCUGGAUGGAAUCAGGGAGAAGGAGCUUCAGCGUCGCCAGGACGAAGAGAUGCAACAAAGGCGUCUCGAGGAAGAGAGACGCCGAAAAGAAGAAGCCAGAGCAGAACAGGAGAAAAGGCGACGGGAAGCUGAUGAGAGACCACGUACAGCUGGCUCGCAAAACAGAACACCUUCGAACUCUAGCAACAACAACUCCAGAGCAGGGCAGACUAACAGAAAUCAACCUGCGUCGAGAGCGAAAGCUCCGCAGAAGAAAGCCACGCCUUCAUCAUCGCGCGUGAAUCGUCGCUCGAUAUUCGCGACCAUGCAGGCGGCUGUUCUGAAAGCUGGGAGAUCCGUCAGCCAGAAUCCCAUGGUGAUGCUCCGGUUUGUACUCUUUUUGAUGGCUUUCACAUUGGCAUUUGCACGUCGAGACGUUAGGGACAAAGUCAAGCGGAGCUUACAGGGCGGAUUGCAUAAAGUACAGAGGACCAUAGGGAUGGGCGUGAAGGUCUCUUACAUCUGA